ACAAGACAAAAAAUCAUAAACGUCAAAAAAUACGAAUCGCAUCGGCAGCAGCCGGUGUUUUGCAUCCUUUGCUUCACGAAAUUCUUUAAAAUAAAUUAAAAAUUCUAGAUUUUGCGCCUGUUUUGGUAGAACCUGAUAAGAAUGUCGUCGAAGGAAAUAAAAGCAGCGCUAAAGGACGCACGGGAGGCCGUUAAAAAUAAAAAGUUUUCGGAAGCCAUCAAGUUGUGCAACAAAAUCCUCAAGGAAGACGCUGAAAACUAUAUGGCCCUGCUGCUGAUGGGUGCCUGCUAUCAGGACACCGACAAACGGGAGGCGGCCAAUUAUCUGAAGCGUGCUCUUACCUGUAGUAGCGAUCCCACGGUGGCACUACAAGGACUGGCCAGCUGUGCAGACGAUGCGGACCUUCCGGAUGUGUGCGGGAGGCUACUGGAGCUGACAUCGGAAAAGUAUCUCGAUUUGCAUAAAAAACUUGAAACCGUCGCCCGUAGUGGGUCUCAAUUGGACAAAGUGAUACCGUUAUUUGAACGUGAAAUUGAAAACAAUCAGGAGGAACGUAAAAGGUCGGCUUAUGCGAGUCUAUCUAAGCUUCUGCUGACGGACCAAUCAUUGGAAGCGAAAUUCGAAACCCUAGUGGAACGAGUUCUGGACUACGAGACUAGCAACGAUGAAGAUCCAUUCCUGAAUGAGAAGUUUAAACGCUAUUUGAAACUGCUCCAUCGUUUGAAAAUGUACGAGAAACUGAUCGUGAAAGCGGCAUUGAUGAAUAGUAGAUUUCAAAAUGAUAUUUACCCUUUGGAAUGGAUAUGCAAAGCAUAUGCGGAAAACUUAGUAACCCAUAAAAAGUUCGAAACGCUGUUGUCCAAGCCUCUUAGUGCAGUGUUUGAAGAAGCGAUUCAGUUGAAUCCUGGCUCAGCACUGGCCUUGGCUGCCAGAGGAAUACUUCACAGUCGCUCGGGAGAGUUGAAAGAAGCUGAAACACUGCUGAAGAAGGUUGACGCAAUCCAGCCGAAUUGGAAUAUUUGUCUUAAAGAAUUGGCGGAAAUCUACUGUCUUCAGAAAGUUUAUGGGUUAGCGGAAAGUAUAUAUCGGCAGUUGAAGAUCGUAAAUCCGAACUAUUUCAUAGCGUUGGUUGAGAAUGGAGAUCCAGAAAGACUUAAAGAAGCUCAUUCCAUUAGUGCCAAUGUCCUAAAAGAAAACACAAGUUCCGAGCUUUUAUACUACCUUUUGAAAUUGAAAAUUCUUUUGAACACCGUUGAUAAUAUUGAAGAAGAAAUCCUUAGUUUGAAAUCAACUGGCAUAGCUAGCGCAAAAGUCGACUAUUUAACUUCAUUACACCUAAUAAUGAACAAUUGUUUAUCCGAAGCCCAGGAAAUUCUUCAAAACCAUGAAAACGACUGUGAUUGCCUUCUAGAGUUAGCUAGAAUAUAUUAUAAAAAUUCAAACAUCGAAAAAAGUUUUGUAUGCGCGUUAAAAGCCACCAAGCUAGAACCCGGAAACACAAAUUGCUUCUACUGGUUAGGAAAACUGUACAUCCACAACACGGACACCAUUCGUGCCCGGAAGUGCUUGGAAAAGGCCGUUUCGCUGAAUCCCAGCCAUAAGGAAGCCAUUAUACUGCUCAGUUCUCUAUACCGGACACUCUCGGAAUGGGACGCCAAUCAUCGGCUGCUCCAGAGCACGGUUAGCAUCGUCAACGGGAACAGUUCGUCGUGGGCGCAUCUGCUACUUGGGUUGCAUCAUCUGGGGCAGCAAUCGUACGACGAAGCGAUUGCGGCAUUCCGUACGGUGAUCCGCUACGACGUGGACAACAUUACCGCUUGGGAAGGAUUGGCCGAUGCGUACAUGGGCCGCGGGUCGUACACUUCGGCCAUGAAGGUGUUUGAGAAAACAGCCGAACUGAAACCGGACAAUCCAUACCCCAAGCUACAGUUGGCGAACAUCAAGAAUCAACGUGCAAUAUCUAACAAAUGCAGAUUGGAAAACGUACUCAAACAACACCGAGACGCCAUUCCACUAUUUGAGGGGCUGCUCACUAGCAACGAUAAAUAUUUUCCUGCUCUCAAGGGUCUGGCAGAUGCCCACAGUGGCCUUUGCUAUCAUUAUCUGGGAAGCAGACUGUUAGGAAGAAGUCGAGAACAUGCACAAAAGUGUGUGGAUUAUUUAACUCGAGCUAUCAAAAUCAAACCUAAUUUUGUAUGUCUGUGGAAAAUGCUGGGCAAUAUGUUGGAUACCGUUGCUGAGUUCCCCAGUCCUAGAUCUCAACUAUCGAUCGAAGGAAGUUUAGCAGGUGUCACACACCGCCGGCAAGCCCUACUAGAGGGUGAGAAGUUAUACGAGCUGGCCAGUAGGAGCUACAGUCGGGCAAUAAAACUCAACCAAGAGGAUAGUUUACUGUGGUAUGAACUGGCCUCCAAUCAGUAUCGCCGGGCCUUACGUUUCAGUUUUUCGCAAGACGAUAGUAGGAAGCUGAUGCAGGCCGCAUUGGAAGCAGCGAAGCAGUCGAUUAAACUAGAGCCUACUCGGUGGGAAAAUUGGAACCUGCUGGGCGUGAUCUGUGCAUCGAAGGAAAUCAAUAAUUUGGCAUUGGCACAACACUGUUUCAUCGAGGCCGUUUCGUUGGACAACAAGUCUGCUGCUUUGGCAUGGUGCAACCUCGGGGUAAUGUAUUUACUACAAGGGUCUAUCAGUUUAGCAAACAAAUCUUUCGGAAGGGCUCAACAAACGGAUACGACAUACAUGAAUGCCUGGAUCGGACAAGCGUUGAUCGCUGAACAAAUUGGUCAUGCUGAUGAAGCAAUGGAUUUGUUUAGACAUUGUACACAAUUGGGAUAUCAUGCUGAGUCUGCUUUGGGAUAUCCUCACUGGGUUUGUUCCGUGCUAAACGACGAAGAUUAUCAGAAAAAUAAGCAUUAUAAAUUCGCCAUUGAAAAUUUGCAUGCUUUGCCGGUGUCGCAUGAUUCGAUCGUUAGGCAUUGCGCGGAUAAGGAUGACGAAGCAUCAGUUGAGGCUCUCUGCUUCUUAGGAAAUAUCAGUAAUCGUCUUGGGUUGUGGAAAACUGCGUCGGAUGCAUUCCAGAAGGCAGCUAAGAAAGCCAGUACUACUCAGCGCGAUCAAAUUCUCUGUGAUCUAGGAUUUUCGUUAUUGAAACAGAAGAAAUACGUGGAAGCGAUCGAGUGUUACCAGCAAGUGGGAGAAGCCACAUACCACGCUGUAAUCGGAAAGGCGUUGGCUUUCUUCAAAGCCGGACAGUUCCAGGAGUCGUACGCCGAGUACGAAAGUGCACUGAAUUGGCUGGCAAGUACCGAUAUGGAGAAGGCUUACGUUUUGAUAGCUAUGUCUGCAAUGGUGUAUGCCUUCCAGGGAGAAGCCGAUGCCAAAACUAUCCUAUUUCAAUGCAUUACCCUUCCGACACCUCCGAUUGAAGCUCUCUUCUCAGCAUGUGCUCUCGGAUUGCUACACAAAGAUAGCGUUCUCACAGAACUAGUCAUCAAAGAACUACGUAAAUAUGAAAACGAUGUUCACCAUGGACAUCAUGUGGUAUAUCUAGUUUCCCAGUUUUAUUUCAGCAAUAAACAAAAGAGCCAAUCGUUAGCCUAUUUGAUUUCGCAAGUGCACAAGUUCCCGGACCGGCCCAAGCUCCGCCAGAUUUUAUCCAUAUCACUGCUGAAAAAUCAUCGCACCCCUAAGAAGAACCUGGUCGUCGCCAGUAACAUAGCGGAAAGUGCCUUGGUGUUGGAUUUGCAGGACAAACAGCGCAGCACCCUGGCCAGAGAUGCCGCCAAAUGGUUGGCGGUUGCGAGUGAAGCGGUGCGUCCGGUCAACGAACACCGGCGCAAAAUACUGGCCCAAAAGGCGAUUCAUGUGGAUCCCACUUGCAAGGAGGCGUGGAGUUCGUUGAUUCGAAUUAUGGAUCCUAGCAAAAAAUAAGCUUGGUGGUAUUCUACUGGAGUUUUAAAGUGCAUGUUUUUGGAUAGUGUUUAUUGGGUUUAAUUAUUAAUGAAUGCUAUAUAUUUUUUUCCAUUACUCUAA